AUGUUUCUUACAAGAUCUGAGUACGACCGUGGUGUUAAUACUUUUUCUCCUGAAGGGCGUCUAUUUCAGGUUGAAUAUGCCAUCGAGGCUAUAAAGUUGGGUUCCACUGCGGUAGGUAUUCAAACCUCCCAAGGUGUUGUUCUGGCAGUUGAAAAGCGUGUCACCUCUCCAUUACUGGUGUCAAGUAGUAUUGAAAAGAUCAUGGAAAUUGACACGCAUUUGGGUUGCGCUAUGAGCGGCUUGACUGCUGACUCGAGAACGAUGAUAGACCACGCUAGAGUUGAAGCACAGAAUCACCAUUUCACCUAUAAUGAAAAGAUUAAAGUGGAAUCGGUCACACAAGCCGUUUGUGAUUUGGCUUUGCGGUUUGGUGAAAGUGCUCACGGUGAAGAAUCCAUAAUGGCACGUUUUCGACCUUUCGGCGUUGCACUUCUGAUCGCCGGUGUCGAUGAAAAAGGACCUCAAUUGUUCCAUGCCGAUCCCUCUGGUACUUUCAUGCAAUAUGAUGCUAAGGCCAUCGGCUCGGGAUCCGAGGGUGCCCAGACUGAAUUACAAGAGGAAUAUCAUAAAUCUCUCACCUUACAAGAAGCAGAAACCUUGUCACUAAAAGUCCUUAAACAGGUUAUGGAGGAAAAGUUAAAUAACACAAAUGUUCAACUGGCAUCCGUCACUCCAGAGCAUGGGUUUAGGAUUUAUAGUGAGGAAGAAUUACAAGUGGUGAUUGAAAGAUUAUGA